AUGGGCGACUCAGUCCCCUUUCCAUCCGACAUUAACAGAGGCAGCGAGAUCCUGAUAGUAUGCGGGACUCUGGUUGGCCUUUCCGUGGCCGUUGUCAUCUUGAGAAUUUGGGUCAGGGCGAGACUCGUCCGGCUUGUCGGCCUCGAUGACUACUUCAUGAUCGCAGCUACGGUCACUAUCUUUGCAGAAAUGAUGGUCAUCAUUCCCGAGGUCAACUACGGCGCAGGUCGACAUAUCCAAUACAUCGAACCGAAGAGCAACAUCGUCAAAGGCCUUCAUCUGAAUUUCGUCACGCAGCCUUUGUGCCUAAUUGCGCUGUGUUUGGCCAAAGUUAGUGUGGGCAUGUUUCUGUUGAGAAUCACACCAUCUGGAAGAUACCGGCAUGUCAUUUGGGGAAUAAUCGUCUUCACGGUGUUUUCAGCAAUUGGAAACUUCUUGACCGUCUUCUUCCAAUGUCAGCCGUUAGCAUUCACGUGGGAUUUCUCUAUUGAAGGAGGAAAGUGUAUCCCACAAACAGAUCUCAAAUUCGCUGCCUUCUUCAACUCGAGCGUAUCUGUUUUGACCGAUCUUCUUUUCGCUCUCUUGCCAGUACCAAUAAUGUGGAAGGUGCAACUAAACUGGAAAGUCAAAUCUGCCGUCAUCGGAGUGCUGUCUCUCGGAAUUUUUGCGACUAUAGCGGCAGUUAUCAAGAUAUCAUUCCUAUCGGGUUACGGAAAACACGGUGACUUCCUGUUUAACAGCACUGAUAUAACCAUUUGGACGACUGUCGAAAUAUGCACUGCGAUUAUUGCAGCCUCGAUACCAUGCCUCAAGCCUCUAUUCAAAGCCAUACUUGCUGGGUCGUCAGCUGAACAGUACAACUCGUCAAAGUACAACAACGACGGGUACAUGCGGAACAAGAAUGCAAGCAAAUCUAGAGGAGCGCACACCGCAGAAGGAAACUUCGAGAUGUUUGGGCAGCCUCGAAACACAGCUGCUAUUCGCUCAGGAUUUCGCUCCAAGAUGGGUUCAGAGGAAAGCAUUAUCCCGGACCACGGUAGCGGAAGCGAAGGAAUAACAAAGACGAUGCAGGUGUCUAUCUUUGUAGACGACGAGCAGCAGAAGAGCCCUAAAGAUCUUGUAUAG